UCCCGGCGGGCGGCGCUCAGUCACACGCCAGCGGACUGAAGGAGGGAGGCGGGAGCAUGGCUGGCAGGUCCCUGCGGGCGGCCCGGCAUCACCUUAGCCCGCUGCUCUCGUUGGGCGCUCAGCGGCCCAGCAGAGAUUGCCUGUGUGUCUUCAGCACUGCGGCUCAGCAGAGGAGUACGGGAGAUGAGUGUGGACCAGAGGAUCCCCGCGAUGAGCCGAGACAUCCCCUUUCUGAGCGAACUAUAGAGCUCAAAGCCAGCAAACUGGAAGAACAAGUCCGUGAUUUAACUGAGCGAUACCGGAAAGCCUUGGCGGAUUCGGAAAAUGUCCGGAGGAGAACACAGAAGUUUGUGGAAGAUGCCAAGCUGUUUGGGAUCCAGAGUUUCUGCAAGGACCUGGUGGAGGUAGCUGAUAUCUUGGAGAAGACUACGGAGAGCGCUGCAAGAGAAGCAGAGCCCAGUGACCCAAAACCAACCCUCAAGAAGAUCUAUGAAGGCCUCUUCCUCAUAGAGGCCAAGUUGCAAAGUGUAUUUGCCAAGCAUGGCCUUCAGAAGAUGAACCCCGUCGGUGGCAAAUAUGAUCCAUACGACCAUGAAAUAGUCUGCCAUGUGCCAGCAGAGGGAAUGCAGCCGGGCACAGUGGCACUAGUGACUCAGGAUGGCUAUAAACUCCACGGCCGCACUAUCAGACACGCACAUGUUGGUGUGGCAGUAGAGUCGCAGGAGUGAUGUGGUGGGUGCACCCAUUGGGAUCUGGGACCUUAAUGAGCUGAGGACUCGGUCACACAGUGGCGAUAGCAGCUGCAUGUCUUUUCUUUAUUUAUUAAGCUAGGUUUGUAUUGUACAUUGGCUUCUUCACAACAUGUGCAGUAAUCUUGGCUUUAAUUCCAAGAGGCUCAAUUAUUUAAUGUUACUUUUCUGAGUGUUUGUAAUACUGGGAAUCCUGCUAUUUAAGCAUGUGGCACUGCUACCCCCUUCUCUGUUGGAUUCAGGUCUCUAUUAAAACUUACACUGGGGGAGGAGGGAGUUGGGGAGAGAGACUCUGAGAGCCAGGAAUUUUCUGCCUUCUGAUCCCAGCUCUGACAUACUCUUUCUGUGGCUUUCGGCAAGUCACUUAGCCACUCUGCCUCAGUUUCCCUAUAUGUAAAAUAGGGAUAUAAUAAUACUUACUAACCACCUCACCAGGGUGUUGUGAGGAUUAAAUAAUAUUUGAGAUGCACCUUAGAGAUGAAGAGCUCUAGCUAAGUGCAAAGUAUUAUUAUGAGACUCUUGUGUGGUCUUUUAUUUUUUUUCCUGUUUUCCUUAGGCAGAAGGAGCUGUGAAAGCAUCUGCCAUUUUCAGCCAGACUCUUCUCAUCUCUCUUCAGAAAGCAAUUCUGAAUUAACAAAGCCUUAAUCAUCUUGUAUUUGAGUAUGGAUGAGGUUUAAAAAAAUAAUAAUAAUAAUAAUAAUCGCUGAAACGUGAUCAGAUUAAAGUUUGCUCACCAGCUAAGACUUCAGACCUGCAGAGCCGUCCUUAGGGGACAGUGAACCAGGGCAACCACUACCGGCCCUGCACUUUGGGGGACCACGUGGGCUGGCGUGAUUGGGCAGCGGGUGAACCACUGGCUGGGGGAGGGAGAGCCCUCCACCCAAGGGAGAGCCACGCUUGGCUGUUUGGGGAGGCACAGCCUCCCCUACCCGCUCCCAGCGUGGUCGGUCCCGGAAGUGAUGUCACUUCUGCCCCAGUCCCCGCACCUCCCUAGGGACGGCCCUGCAGACCUAUCCACUUCUCACUAAAGUUAAACAGUGGGAGUGACAUGAGGCAGGGGGAGCAGGAGCUAUUCUCAAGUCUCAGCCACCGAGCAAAGAUCUAGGCCUGUUCUCCAAACAAGAAGUAUUUUUAAGAGAAGGAAAAUCUAUCUCUAGAUCAUUUGUGCCGCAGCUUUCAAGCAUCAGAAACGGUUUACUCUUUAUUAGCCCCGAAAAGGGAAAUAUGAUCUCUUAUUUUGUCAAGCCACCAGCUAACUGAUACACAAUUAACACCGAUGACUUUCCCAACCCUAAUUCAGAGCCUAUUUCUGCCUGGCUGUGGAUAGACAUCAAAUUUAGGCUUUAUUUCAAUUUUUAGAUGGAAGGAGAGAAGUCUUAGCAAAAGCUCCAAGUGUCCUUGAAUCAGCUGCAGCAGCAAUUAUGAGCAAGUGAAGAGAAGCAGGGAUCCAAAUGCCCGUCGAGAUUGGGAGCUGGCCUGAAGGGUUCUACCUCAAGGCAGUCUGGCUGGUGCAGUCUGGCGAAAGAUCAUAGGGCAUGUGUAUCUCUGUUGCUGAACAUGUGUGAUGCCUUCAGCUAAACUGAAAGGGUGGGUAGACUCCUCAUCCCCAGCGUUACUGACUUACUAGAAGCUAAUGUCUAUCUCUGAGCUAAAUGGGAAUCCAACCCUCAUUUAAUGAACAGCAGGAGAAAUAAUGGAAGAGAAGGCCCCAAGCUAUCGGCUGCAUUAUAAAAGGCAAGGAGGGUGAACAGUUGUACUUUCAGGCGGUUCUUUCAGGAGUUCUUGCCUUCUCACUUGCUAUCAAACCUAUGGUCCUGCAGGUGGUUGGGCUCUGCUUCCAAAGACUUUUGUCUAGUGGGGUGCCAGUUCUGUCUCAGAGGAGGUAUUCCUUUUCCAUUCCUUUGCAGACAUGAGAUGCUGAAAAAGGCAGGAGAGGUACCCAUAGUCUUAUUGUGAUGGACCUCAAAAUUACAACCUCCCUCAAUUAGCAGCUACAAAUUAAGCCUUUCUUGGAAGAUUCCAUAAACGUAGAACAUUCAUCUGAGUGAGUUUCGUUC